AAUAGUUUGUCAUUCGUAACGUUAGAAUUGGCAUUUGUUUACAACACAAAAAAAACAUGUUUAAUUGUUUUCCCUAGCUGAACCCACAAUUAUUUUUAAGGAACGCAGUGCCUUGACCCUAGGCUUAUUUUUUUCUUAAUUUUGAUUGGUUAAACCAUUCAAGAGUAAACUUUUCCAUUAGGCCUACAGAACCAAUAAAUUAAUACCAGUAGCAACAAAAGGUGACGCUAUUUGGUCAAAAGAUAAGGUUUUUCCCCAAAUCGACUAUAGUCGCCUCCCACGCCCGAGAGCUGGCCCACCCGUUCUCGAGUUCUAAAGUCGCCUCGCGCACUCAACGGAGUGAGAGAGGGAGGGAGGCGAGAUUUGUUGCCUGGAGCACUCAGUGACAGGGUUCCUAUGAUGCUCGAAACGGAAAAAAUGGGACCGCAAUUCAACAAAGUGUUAGAAGAACUUGCUCAUUUGAUAUAGAACUGCAGUGAUGAGCUCAAACGAAGAACCAGGCAGUUCGAAGGACAAGGUGGAGAAUGACAAGAGUGUUGGAGCAGAGGCACCUGAAGGAGCUGCCAAACAAGAUGACGGCACAGAUGACAACCCUGCUGAGAAAGACAGCAUGGAUAUGUUCAGUCUGUCGGAGUACCUAGCCCGAAGCCUUGGCCUUCGUGAGAAGCCGGAGAGUCGCCUGGUGGAAAUUAGCCUCGCUGGCAUUGCCAAAUUCCUUGCAAGUGAGGAGUGCAAAAAUGUUGUGACAAUGGCUGGAGCUGGUAUUUCAACCUCUGCCGGCAUCCCAGAUUUUCGCUCUCCCGGCACAGGACUGUAUGACAAUCUGGCAUCAUACAAUCUGCCUCACCCACAAGCUAUUUUUGAUAUCAGCUUUUUUAGGGAAAAUCCAAAGCCUUUCUUUGUGUUGGCAAAAGCUCUCUAUCCUGGGUCAUUUAAGCCAACACCAGCUCACUACUUCAUCAAGUUACUCAGUGAUAAGGGGAAACUGUUGAGGCAUUUUACACAGAAUAUUGACACUCUGGAACGAGUAGCUGGUCUGGACGGAGACAAAAUCGUGGAGGCGCACGGCACAUUUUACUCCAACCAUUGCCAGGAGUGUGGACUCGAGUUUUCAUUGGAAUGGAUGAAAGAACAAAUUUUUGCUGACGUUAUUCCCACGUGCUCUGAAGAGGGAUGUCUUGGUGUGGUGAAACCAGACAUUGUUUUCUUCGGAGAGACUCUUCCUAAGCGGUUUGCUGAGUGUGUUGGACAGGAUUUGGAUGAGUGCGAUCUGCUUAUAGUCAUGGGUACAUCUCUGGCAGUACAGCCUUUUGCCAGUCUUGCCAGCCGAGUUCCAUUCAGCACACCUCGACUGUACAUUAACCUGGAGAAAGGGUCGUCCAGUUGUAACCCUAUUUCUGCGCUGCUGUUUGGUGGUGGCUUCCAGUUUGAUUCAGAGGAUAAUUACAGAGAUGUGUUCAAGGAGGCAACGUGUGAUGCAGGCUGCCAGGAACUGGCUGAUCUCCUGGGCUGGGGUGAUGAACUGAAAACUCUUGUGGCCUCAGAACACAAACGCAUCGAUGCAGCACAGGCGAAACAACCACCAGCUAAUACCUCACAGAAAAAAAGCAAAACCUCAUAAUCUUCUCAAGGACGGGAGGGGACUAUUUUGAUGCAACAAUGGUGAUCACCUGCCUCAAUGUCCGGAUUUUUAAAAAAUUGCUUACACGUCUCGACUUCUUUUGGAGCUUUGACAGAUUUUCUUUUUCUUGCAUAAUUACGAAGUGCAGGCAUUUUACAGAUUAUUAUGAAUGAUACUUGCAUAGAAAGUAUUGGAUGUAGGAUAUGCAGUCAGGUGCAUUUUGACUUGAUGUUGGUGAAGAAAAAAAUUAAGGGCCCUGUGUUUGGGGACCAAUGAUGGUGUGUUGUAAUGCUAUUUUGUAAUUGUAGAGUGGGGUUAAAAAGUUGCCUUUUUUUUUUAGCUAAUGCACGAAUUGCUCCCACUUGGCUCGGUUCUUUCAGAUGUGAACAUUAACACUUACAGUAUCGAAGGUUCAUAUAGUGAAAACCCUCAAGUGCCACACCAGUCUGGAAUGCUGAAGCCAUGAUAGAAUUUUUUCAAAUUAUACUCCUUCACAGCCCAAGAAACACACUUAAAAAAUUUACAGAUUUUCACCAACCAUUCAGCUAUCAAAUAGAAUGACUUUAUUUAGUUUUUACUUCGGUACCGUGGUUCUGUUCAUUGUUUAAAUAUGUUCAGUGUGCCUGGUAGAGUUGGCAACUAAAGUCGCCAGCGGUACUAAAGGUGUUGAACAAAAGCUCCUGUCUCUUAAAUAGCCUAUAAGUAUUGAAAGAAAUAUAAUUGGUUCAUAUGGCUGGAGUAAUCCUACAAGGGACGCUGAUCUAAUGUUAUGUUUUAGGCGUGGUACACACAAAAAAUUCAAACUAUUUUUAUUCUCUAUGAUGAGCAUGUCUAUCUCAGAAAGCAAUAGUGAAGAACCAUGUAUUCUUUUGAAUCUUGGCAUUAUCUGUUGAACAUCCUGACAGUCCCCUGAGGAAAAUAAUCUUUAAAGCACUUUUGAGAGAAGUUUCUAUCUAGAAACGGACUAAUCACUAAAUAAAACACUGUACCUUUUCAUCGUAGAAGCUAUUUUACUCAAUGACAAUGUAUUUUAUGUCUACCAACUUGCCUACAAGAUCUAGAGAAAUUGUGGACCUAUAUCAUUCACCUAGAAAAGUCAUGAUAAUGAUGUUUAUGUUUUGAUAUAGGUUGUAGAAGCUAUUCUUCUAGGUAGUAUUGCAUUGUAUCAUCCGUUAAGUUGAAUGUACAGGACAUUGCUUUAGAGUAUACUCUGAUUAAAUGAUUUGCAGACGUGAUGAUGCCUUUUAUUUUUCCCCUCAACAUAUGUUUGAUGGAAGGCUGUGAGAAAUCAUGAUGAUUUUUUUUAUCAUAGCUGUAUUGCUGGGUUCUUUUCUGUGUCCACUUGACAUCAUUUUAACUCUGUCCGUACACCCUGGGGUCAUUUUGUACCCACGGGGUUGCAUUCUUCACCUUCUAGAAUACUUCUAGUACGAAGAUCUCUUUGAAACUUUCAGCA